AUGUGGGGAAGUGGGAAGUAGAAGGGGCAGGACCAAUAUAGCUCAGAGAAUGUUUUAUCCAAGUUUAGCCUAUUCUUGGUAGGGGCUAUUAAGAAGGGGUUGUAUGUUGAUUCAGUCUAGAGGAAGAAGAGACAUUUAACCAACAUUGAUUAACAAGCAGUUUGUUUUGAUCUAUCAGUGUGUGGCUCACAGCUCAGCUAAUCAUUUAUAAGGCAGAGAUCGAGAAUUUGGAGGAUUGGUGUCUGGCCUUGUCAUAGGUUAAGGGUAAGAUGUUCUACUUACAAGGCCCACAAGUGCUGCAGAUGCUAGAGAAAUCAUUGAGGAAGAGCCUCCCAGAGUCCUUAAAGGUUUAUGGGACUGUCUUCCACAUGAACCAAAGAAACCCAUUCAAGCUAAAGGCCCUGGUGGACAAGUGGCCUGACUUUACAACAGUGGUUAUCUGACCUCAGGAGGCGGAAAUGACAGAUGAUUUUGAUCACCACACCAACACCUACCAAAUCUAUUCUAAGAAUCCCCCAAACUGUCAAGAAUUCCUUGGCGCAUCGGGUGUCAUCAACUGGAAACAACAUUUGCAGAUCCAAAGUUCACAGUCCAGCCUGAACGAAGUGAUACAAAAUCUUGCAGCUGUUAAACUGGUCAAGGUUGAGCAACAACAAGGCAUUAUGUAUAUGUUGCCCGAGAGAGAAAGUAAACUGGUCCCUUCCUUGCUGGAGGCAAAGAACUUACCUCUUAAAUCUGGCAGAUGCAAAGUCAUUGCACUUAUCACUAUCCAAAACCAGCUUAUUUGUGAAUUUAUUGACGUUUCUGUUGUUGGAUUCCUCCCUUGCAACGAUUCAAACUCCACAAGAGCAGAGGACACUCUUCAUGGUGGUCACCACAACCAAGAGAUGUUUCAACUCUCCUCCCUGGAUGUUACCCAUGCUCCGUUGGUGAAUAAAUUCUGGCAUUUUGGGGGCAAUGAGAGGAGCCAGAGGUUCAUUGAGCGCUGCAUCCGGACCUUCCCCACCUUCUGCCUGCUGGGGCCCGAGGGGACCCCUUUGUCUUGGAGCCUGAUGGACCAGACAGGCGAGAUACGGAUGGGGGCUACUGUGCCUGAGUACCGGGGCAAGGGUCUCAUCUCCUAUCUCAUGGAUGUUCACAACCAUGCUCUGGACAAACUUGACUACCCUAGCUAUUACCAUACAGUCGUGACCAACAAAAUCAUACAGAAAAUUAGUCACAGUCUGAAUCAUAUCACCCUGCCCUGUAACUGGAACCAGUGGCACUGUGUGCCACUGUGA